UUCGGCUUAGUAAGCGGCGUGAGCUCGCUUCGUUAAGGCCGAUUCACCCAUGCCAGUCGAGUGUCAGAAAUCGCGGACGUUGCGUACACGGCCGUGAUCACGGCCACUCGUUUGGCCGAACGGUUUUCACGCGGGCGUAGCUGCGCUGGAAAUUAGAGAUACGAGGUAUCUCUAAAUUGGAAACGGAAGCAGAACGGAGAGAGAGAGCCGAGGGCACGAUCGAAAGGAUCCCGCCGAUGAGACGCGACGCAGCGACGAGAACGAUUGCCGCGAUAAGCCGUGGGAACGGUGAUAACGAUAAUAACGAGAAAAGAGAGAGAGAGAAAAAAAAGGCGAGUUCAUCGAAGCGCGGUUAGAUCCGAGUAUCUUCGGGUGACGUAAGUCGAUAACUCGUGUGUAGCCCGCUUGCACGCCUCCUUUCCUCGAGAGCCAACGGAACAUUCGGAUUUUUAAGCGCCAAACAACGGAUUCGAAACGAUCGUCACUCCCUCCACCCGGCACAUAUAUCUUCUUUCUUCGCGGUGGAUGGAAAUGGCAGCGCAGUCGACUUUACCGAAGGCGCACCGAAUCGAACGAAUCUUCUCGUUUCAGGACGAUUUGCGCGCGAUCCUACUAUCAAUUCCGAGAGUCUUGCAAAUUCUUCGCUUGUUUGGACACGCGAGUUUAGUUGGCGAGAAAAAAUAAGAAAAAUCGAUUACCUUCGUGUAUAUAGAUCGAAGAACUUUUUCGUUGGUAAGAUCGAAAUCGAUAGAACGUAAACGCCUACUCCAGAUCUGUCAAUUAAGAUACGCAUAAUCAAUUGAGAGUCGAGUUAACCCUAGUUAACCUCUCUGAGUCUCGAAAACGCGCGCGGAAAAAUUCCUGAGGUAGAAAGAUUGAUCGAUCGAUUUUGUUCCGCUAUGACUAUUUUCAUCGAAAUAUUUCGCUCUCUUUGUAUUUCUUUCUUCGAUAGAUAUAGAUUGUAAUGCGACUGACUUCUUUCGCGCGACGUAUCGUUCGAACGCGAAUAAAUGGUCGGGACGCGCGUACCUUUGAAAUCUAUCGGAUUUUCGUGCCGCGUUCGAAUUUAUACGAGUAUGCACGAACAUGCACGAACAUGCACGAAGUGAACCGAGCGUCCGGCGUCGCGUGGUACGUUGGUUGCGUCGCGUUGCGUCGUCGUUGCCUCCGUUGUGUAACGCUCGUGCAACAAGCUUGCAAGAAUCAAGAUAUGACAGGAGACGUCUCGAAUAGCAUCCUUCAAAAUGUCGAUAACGAUUCUAUCGGCGACCCUUUUUACCAUCGGCGCCUCGUACCGUCUUGCCCGAACAAUUAUUUCGUCGAAACGAUGGAACAGCAGUCCUGUGAUGAGCAAAUGACGAAUGACUUGCCGCUAAUGCCGAUCGGAACCACAUCGAUAACAUCGAUCGCGUCCGAGUGUUUCGACAUCGAGGCAGACAACGAGCAAAGUAUUUACAGUGACGGAUUUCUAGAGCGUUGCAUGGAACUCGCGAGUUAUAACCAUCCCGUCUGUGAUAGGGAAAUCAUCACUUGGUUCAGACAAGUUCGACGACGGUGUUCCAACAUUCGCAAUUGGCUACCAAAGAUGUGUUCGUGCAUGGAGACUGAUGGCUCGUUCCUUGGUCAAUCUGCAUGUAGUUACCAACGACUCAAUCCAAAGAAGAAUCUGUUUUGUUCCUUUGCCCGUGUUUGCACGUCAAAAAAAUUCACUCAACAGUCAGACGAAAGCGAAGAUGACGAAAAACAGACGGAGGAACUGCGAUUUUACUGCGAUGAUGAUACUUCCUACGAUAUGAUCGUCGAGAUGAAUCUUCGCGUGAUCGAUUUGUGUGAAAUUCUUAAAAGGAAAAAAAACACUAUUGAAAUCGAUUGGACGAUCGUAGAAACCUGGCCAGAACUAGAAAUAGAGCGUACGUUGGAAGAUCACGAAGAUAUUUUGGCUGUGCAUAGAGAGAUGAAAACGUUUUCUGUUAAGCGAUCACGAAAAUUUUUUUUCCGUCAGGAUUAUUUUAAGUACCAGUUUUUCCAUGAUCCAAAGCUAUUCUCCCCCACUGAGAUGAUUAAGAUUCCAGCCGUCUUUGCGGAAGACUGGGAUGCCUUGAACGAAGCGGAAGCUACAUUACGAAAAUAUCUUGAAGACGAAGGUGUAGAAUGCCCAGAAGUAUUCGGUUUAGCGUGGAUACAGAACGGCCGUUUGGACGUUUGGAGAAGAAUUCAUUUGCUUCUUCAAGAUCGAAAGCUUUAUCAAACGAAAAAGAAAAGGAAGCAAACGUUUUUGUUCGCCCACUUGUCGGAUUACGCGGUGUAUAAGAUCACAAACACCAGGAAGAGAUACGGAGCACCCUUCCCGUGGGGCAUCUGCCUGAGGCCGACCAGCACCGGCCAACUCAAAACCAUCGAGUCUGGAGAAGCCGGACUCAAGGUCAUCGCUUUCCACAGUGAAAAGUCUCGCGCCUGUUGGCUCACGGCCAUGAGACUCGCCAAGUAUGGCAAGCAACUGAGAGAAAACUACAGAGCCUUUAAGAAUAAACAGUGCGAACAAACUGACAGCCCAAAGGAUCGAUACGUCAACUACAACGUGCCCAACGAAUCGGUGCGGUCACGCGUGGCCAUGGAUUUUACCGGAAGCGUGGGAAGGAUCGUGGAAGAUCCGAAAGAGGCGAAGAAUAUCGCCGAGAACGAAGGGAUAAAUUGGCGGCGAACGUGGAGGCCGUUCUCGAGGCCGCCUCAGGGUUGCGCUAUGGUACGGUUGCACGGAUUGGACGAUGGAUUUCAUGUUUUGCAACCAUGGUUUCACAGAGGAUUGAAAAGAGAUAUCGCCGCAGCGAUAGUUCGAGACCAUGGUUCCGUUGACGGCGUAUUCCUGGUACGGGAAAGCAAGAGCAAUUUGGGUGCAUAUGUGCUCACGUACAAGUACAGUGAGAAGGUAUUCCACGCACAGAUUCAGCCUGUUUUCGACGAACGGUGCAACUGCUGGCUGUACACCCUCGACAAGGGAAUAACCCGGUUCUAUGACUUGCUCCAAUUGAUCGAAUUCUACCAAUUGAACGCGGGCUGUUUGCCCACCCGGCUGACUCACUACGUGCAGAACGGCGUCCCCGAGAUGCUCCCCCUUCCGGUUCCCGUACCGUUGCAGCAGGAGGAUGGCGGGGGGUCACCACCAUCGCCCAUCGAACUCGAUCGACGGCUGAGCAGCAACGUGGCCGGUACCACGACUCCUCCCAUUUCUGCUGCCUAUAACGCCGGACACAAGAGCAUCUGAGGAUAGGAAUUCCAGCGGCCCGCUAGCGUCGAAGAGCGUCUCGUCACGGCCGACUGUUCCCUCGACUACGCUUCUCGACUGAACGGAAUCGCGAACGAGAACAGGUCCGGUGACGCGAACGUUCGAUCUGCGCGCUCGGGUUGCUGGAGUUUGUGCUUGUGCAGCUACAGUAAAUGGAAUUUGUAGCCAGCGAAUUUUCUGUAGCCAGACAGAAAGAGAGAAAGAGCGAGAGAGAGAGAGAAAGAAAUAGAACGCCUCUUUGCGGCUAACGCUGUUAAAAACAGGAAAAAAAAAGAAGAAGAAGAGGAAGAAGAGGAGGAGAAAUGAUACAAAUCGAUACGAUAUGUAUAUGAAACAUAUAUAAUGAAAAGUGAGCAGAGCUUUGCGGGCAUGAACCGCAAUAUCAUCACCCAUCUUCGUUUCCUAUUUUUCGUCUCGUUCACGCGUAACCGUGAAUGGAUUCGUUCGCUGUGGUUAACCGGUAUUUCAAAAAUCGGCUUUGAUAGCGGUUAAUCAAUCCCGAUUUUUCGAGCCGUGUACUACGGCGACGCACGGAUUCAAUUCUUUGAAUUCACCGUGUUUACGAAUCGAUUCACGAGAUACGAAUUCUGUUUUUUUUUUUUUGAAAGGAAGCGAGGAUCAGGUGCCAGUAGUGGUAUAAGGAAAGAAACGAGUAUUCGUUAGAGGUCACGUUAUUAUUAAGACGAUUAUCAUCGAUAAAAUAUAUAUUUUGUACGAACAAGUAGUAGGAUAAAAGAAAAAAAAAGUCGAUCCUCGAGAUCUCGACAUCUAUUUCGAAGAACAAUAAAAUAUAAUCCAUAAGUGGAAAAUCGUU